AUGAAGCCCUCCUCCCUGGCAGACGUCGACAACGACGUCGACAAGCCCUCAGAUGCCGUCAUCGAGGACUCACACCUACACCACGAACACAAUGCCCACAUGACAAGAAACAUCCUCUUCAAGACAGACACACGCGUCCUGCCUAUCCUAGCCCUGCUGUUCCUGUGCUCCUUUCUCGACAGGACAAAUGUUGGCAACGCAAAGAUCAUCGGCCUCGAGGAGGACCUGAAUAUCUCUAACCUGCAGUACAACCAGGGGCUGGCUGUAUUCUAUGCGACUUAUGUUGCGAGCGAGCUCCCCUCCAACCUGAUUCUGAAGCGUCUCACCCCCCGCGUCUGGCUGGCCGCCCUGGCCUGCGCCUGGGGUAUAGUGACCAUGUGCCUAGGCUUCGUCCGUAACUAUGGCUCCUUCGUCGCCGUUCGCGCCAUCUUGGGCAUGACAGAAGGUGGCCUGCUCCCCGGCAUGGUGCUGUAUCUCUCCGGUCUAUACACGCGCGGCGAGAUGGCCUUGCGAAUUGGCAUCUUCUACACCGCCGCGUCGCUGUCGGGUGCCUUUGGCGGGCUGCUCGCCCGAGGACUUUCUGCCAUUGGACCCCGAGGUGGUUUGGAAGGCUGGAGGUGGAUAUUCAUCAUCGAGGGGCUGCUGACCGUCGUCUGUGGUGUCAUCGCGUACUUCUUCCUCGCUAGCAACCUGCAGACUGCGUCUUUCCUCACUCCUGAGGAGCGGGAAUUCGCUGCCAAGAGGCUGUCUGGGGAGACUACUGCAGGGGAGAGGUUCAACGUCAACCACGAGAGAGAAGAGAAGUUCCGGUGGUCCGAGGUCAAGCGAGGCGUUCUGAACAUACAACUCUGGCUGACUGCCACCGCCUACUUCGCCAUUCUCUCCGGGCUCUAUUCCUUCGCCCUAUUUCUACCAACAAUUAUCAACGACAUGCACAUCACCUCCAAUGCCAACCAGACCCAGCUGUGGUCGGUCAUUCCCUACGCCGUCGCCACCCCAGUCACAGUCUUCGUCGCUUUCCUCUCCGACCGCCUCAAGCUGCGCGGCACCAUCAUGCUCUUCACCCUCCCCAUCGCCAUCGUGGGUUACGCCGUCAUCGCCAACGUCAGCUCAGCCCAGGUCCGGUUCGGCAUGACCUGCCUCAUGGCCAUAGGCAUGUACUCUAGCGUGCCAUGCGUGCUGGUCUGGAACUCAAACAACUCCGCCGGCCACUACAAGCGGGCCACAACGUCCGCACUGCAGCUCGCCAUCGCCAACGCCGGGGGUUUCGUCGCUACAUUCAACUACCCUAGCUCUGAAGGGCCGCUGUACCACAAGGGCCACACAGUCAUCCUAGGACUACUCUGCUACGCCUGGGUGGCUGUGCUAGCGAACGUGCUGUACUGCAAAAAGGUGAACAAGGACAAGCGGGACGGCAAGUAUGCCGAGUUUGAGGGGAGCGGCGAUGAUAGGGACCCGCGAUUUGUGAUGAUACUGUGA